GCAAACAACUCAAGCUCUUUGCCAAAUUUAAUUUCCCUAUAUUCUUCUCAGCAUUUAUUCUCUCCCAGUAAUCUCUCUUAUCACAGUUUCCAUAUACGUCAAGUGUAUCUAAGAUUGUAUAUUCCAACACUGGUACAGAGGUUUACCUUGAGAUUAUAUUCCCAUCUUCUCUAACUCUAGAGUGUAUCAAAGAUUACACCAUUUUCAGUUUUAAACUCAUUUAAGUUGUUGAAAAUAAAAUCAAAGUUCGUCAUAUUUUCCUUAUAUGGUACAGAUUUUAUUUUCCAAGUCAGUGAUCCGUUUGCUCCUAUAUAAAGGGGUCGUUGUCUUCCACAAAAAAACCAAAAUCUUCUCAAACGGUUUGCGUUGUUGUUUUCUUCAUUGAGUUCUCUGAUCUUGUCUUUCUCUGUUUUUUUGCUCUGUAUUUCCACUGCUCUCUCUGUUUUCCUUUGAAAUUCUUUGCUCAUGGCACCCCCUAACGACUCUGUUGGUUCAAUCUUUAGCGUCCGGGGAGGGGAGAGAUUGGACAAAUAUUUUGACUUGUCUGACGGGAAGUUUAGUGUCAAAGGUGUGCCUUUGUUAACUGAAGUUCCUGCAAAUGUCUCUUUUAGUCCCUUUUCUUCAAUCUGCCAAUCCUCUGAUGCUCCACUUCCUUUGCUCCAGCGUGUCCUUGGCAUGUCUGACAAGGGUGGAUUUCUCGGUUUCUCUAAGGAUGAGGCAUCUGAUAGGUUGAUGAACUCCUUGGGUAGGUUCAAUGGUAGAAAUUUUCUGAGCAUCUUUAGGUUCAAAACAUGGUGGUCUACCAUGUGGGUGGGGAAAUCUGGUUCAGAUUUACAAAUGGAGACUCAAUGGGUGCUCUUAGAUGUUCCUGAAAUAAGGUCUUAUGUGAUCAUCAUACCCAUCAUUGAAGGCUCUUUUAGAUCUGCUCUUCAUCCUGGCUCUGAUGGGCAUGCCAUGAUUUAUGCAGAGAGUGGUUCUACAAAAGCAAAAGCAUCGAAAUUCGAUGCAAUUGCUUAUGUUCAUGCCUCUGAUAAUCCUUACAACUUGAUGAAAGAAGCUUAUGCUUCUCUCAGGGUCCAUCUCAAUACUUUCAGGCUCUUGGAAGAGAAGACACCGCCAAAUCUUGUCGACAAAUUCGGUUGGUGCACUUGGGAUGCCUUCUACUUAACCGUAGAACCUGUCGGUAUCUGGCAUGGAGUAAAUGAAUUUGCCGAGGGGGGUGUGUCGCCGAGGUUUCUCAUCAUUGACGAUGGCUGGCAAAGCAUCAAUCUGGAUGGCGAGAACCCAAAUGAGGAUACGAAGAAUCUUGUUCUGGGUGGGACUCAAAUGACUGCCAGGCUUCACCGCCUCGAUGAAUGCGAAAAGUUCAGAAAAUACAGAGGCGGUUCCAUGUUGGGAUCCAAUGCUCCGAAAUUCGAUCCAAAGAAGCCAAAGAUGCUGAUCUCAAAGGCAAUCGAGCUGGAGCACGCUGAGAAGGAUCGCGACAAGGCAAUCCAAUCUGGAGCUACUGAUUUAUCCGAGUUUGAAGCGAAAAUUCAGAGCUUUAAACAAGAGUUAAAUGCCAUGUUUGGCGGAGAAGAAAGCAGUACUGCUGCUUCAAGUUCGAGCCAUGGCUGCGGUAGCUGUUCUUGUAAGCCCGAAAACUACGGAAUGAAGGCUUUCACAAGGGACUUGAGGAAAAAGUUUAACGGUUUGGAUGAUAUUUACGUGUGGCACGCUCUUUGCGGCGCGUGGGGUGGCGUUCGGCCUGGCUCAACCCAUCUGAAUGCAAAGAUUGUUCCCUGCAAAGUCUCUCCUGGCCUCGACGGGACGAUGACCGAUCUUGCUGUGGUGAAGAUCGUUGAAGGCGGGAUCGGGCUUGUUCAUCCCGAUCAAGCCCAAGACUUCUACGACUCUAUGCACUCCUACCUUGCCCAAGCUGGAAUCACAGGAGUGAAAGUUGAUGUAAUUCAUACUCUUGAGUAUCUGUCGGAAGAAUAUGGAGGCCGAGUAGAGCUUGCAAAGGCGUAUUUCAAGGGGCUGACAAGUUCUCUGUCAAAGAACUUUGGUGGGAGUGGACUCAUCGCCAGCAUGCAGCAAUGCAAUGACUUCUUCUUCCUUGGGACAAAUCAAAUUUCUAUAGGAAGAGUUGGUGAUGAUUUCUGGUUCCAAGAUCCCAAUGGGGAUCCAAUGGGAGUUUAUUGGCUACAAGGGGUGCAUAUGAUUCACUGUGCCUAUAACAGCAUGUGGAUGGGGCAGAUUAUACAGCCUGAUUGGGACAUGUUCCAAUCAGACCAUCAGUGUGCCAAAUUCCAUGCAGGAUCAAGGGCCAUUUGUGGUGGUCCAGUCUAUGUGAGUGAUUCUGUGGGUGGUCAUGAUUUUGAUCUCCUUAAGAAGCUUGUGCACCCUGAUGGUACCAUUCCCAAGUGCCACCAUUUUGCUCUCCCCACCAGAGAUUGCCUCUUCAAGAACCCUCUAUUUGACCAAGAAACCAUUCUCAAAAUUUGGAACUUCAACAAGUAUGGUGGUGUGAUUGGAGCUUUUAACUGCCAAGGGGCUGGUUGGGACCCCAAGGAGCAAAGGAUCAAGGGCUACUCUGAGUGCUACAAGCCAAUGUGUGGCUCAGUGCAUGUUAGUGACAUUGAAUGGGACCAGAAGAUUGAAGCAGCCCAGAUGGGUGAGGCUGAAGAGUAUGUAGUCUACUUCAACCAGUCUGCAGAGCUGCUCUUAACAACCUCCAAAUCUGAUCCAAUUCAAAUCACCAUCCAACCAUCUUCAUUUGAGCUUUUCAGCUUUGUGCCGGUCGAGAAGCUCGGCCCUGCCGCCGUCAAAUUCGCUCCGAUCGGGCUCACAAACAUGUUCAAUAGUGGCGGCACGAUUCAAGAAUUGGAGUACAUUAAGGCUGGAGCUGCUGCUGAGAAGAGUGUUGAGAUCAAAGUUAAGGGUGGUGGGAAUUUCUUGGCCUACUCAAGUGGGUCUCCAAAGAAAUGCCUCUUGAAUGGUGUUGAGGUAGCUUUUGAGUGGUUGGCUAGUGGGAAACUGAACUUGAAUCUUCCUUGGGUUGAAGAGGCUGGUGGCAUUUCUGAUGUUGCUUUUGUCUUUUAGAAACUGAUUUUAAUUGUUUCAAAUAAAUUAAGUUUAGUUUUUUUUUUUCUUUUCCUUUGUUAGUGUUAUUGAUUGUGGGAAUUGUAAGGUAGUUUAUUAUUGGACUUGAGAUUUGCAUUGGGAAGAAUGUACAUUCAUCCCUUUGUUACU